AUGCCGAGUUGCGCAAUCUUGCAACCUGCAUUUGGAGGUCGCGCGAGGAUGCGGUGGAGGGCGGAAGGGGUCCUGCCCAUCGGAAAGCCGCAGGUUCUACGCGGGCUUUGUAUGCGUUCUGGAAGAUCGACCAACAUCGCCUCGUCGUGCGAGACAAUGUCGACAGCUGGGAAAUCGUUCCUUGGAGUGAGUGAGGCUGCGAUUCGGCCUCUCUGCGAGGCGAACAGGCGAGUUUCAGCGAAAGCUCCCAUCCGUGAUUGCCGCCGGGUAGACACAUGGCAUCGCGGCAACUUUUUGAUGAAAAUUGCGCAAAGACGGUCUCAUAUUAGCGACAAAUAG